UGCGGGGAGGGGGGGCGGCUGCGCGUGCUGAGGUGGGCGAGCGGCCGACAUGGCGCCCUCCGGGCGUCUGGUUUCUUUGGUGGCCUUGGUGGUGGUGUUUUGGGGGGCUCCCUGGGCCCACGGCCGGCGGAGCGACGUGCGCGUCAUCACGGACGAGAACUGGACAGAGCUGCUGGAAGGAGAGUGGAUGAUAGAAUUUUAUGCUCCCUGGUGUCCUGCUUGUCAGAAUCUUCAACCAGAAUGGGAAAGUUUUGCUGAAUGGGGAGAAGAUCUUGAGGUUAAUGUUGCAAAAGUAGAUGUCACAGAGCAGACAGGACUAAGUGGACGGUUUAUUAUAACUGCUCUUCCUACUAUUUAUCAUUGUAAAGAUGGUGAAUUUAGGCGCUAUCAGGGUCCACGGACUAAGAAGGACUUCAUAAACUUCAUAAGUGAAAAAGAGUGGAAGAGUAUUGAACCAGUUUCAUCAUGGUUUGGUCCAGGUUCUGUUCUGAUGAGUAGUAUGUCAGCACUUUUUCGGCUGUCUAUGUACAUCAGGACUUGUCAUAACUAUUUUAUUGAAGACCUUGGAUUACCAGUUUGGGGUUCAUACACAGUUUUUGCUUUAGUGACUCUGCUUUCAGGACUAUUAUUAGGACUUGGUAUGAUAUUUGUUGCAGAUUGCCUUUGUCCUUCAAAAAGGCGCAAACCACAGCCAUACUCUUCAAAAAAAUCAUUACCAGAAUUUUCUCAGCCUUUGAAAAAAGUGGAGGAAGAACAAGAGGCUGAUGAAGAAGAUGUUUCAGAAGAGGAAGCAGAAAAUAAAGAAGAGACAAACAAAGACUUUCCACAGAAUACCAUAAGACAACGCUCUGUGGGUCCAUCAUUGGCUACAGAUAAAUCCUAGUUAAUUUUUACAGAUACCUUAAUACUACAGUUUUGACAAAAGCAAAAGAUCGAUCAUUUGUUUUGAAGUGAACUGUGACUUGCUUGUAUUUUGCAGGGCUCAGUGUAAGUGAUCAUAGAUUGAACAGUUUUCAUUCAGAAAAUAAAAGCAACUAUAAAAGUGUGGAAUUUAUGAUUUAUAAACAUGUGGCGGUUUAAACAAUAAUUUUAGAAAAUCUGGUGCCAAGCAGUAAGACUUGUGUUAUGUUUAUUAAUGGUAAUCUGUUUCAAGUCUGAGAUGAAAAAUUAUAUUUCCCAAGAUUUGCAUUACUCUGGGGUGUUUAAGAAGAUUACUUUAGAGAAAAAGAUUUCUCAUUUGAUAUGAUUUUUCUCAGUUUCACUGUGUGAAAAAAAAGAACAUAUUUCCCAUAAAUGGGAACUUUGCCCCCACUGUCUCAAGAAAUUUGUACUUCAAUUGAAACUGUGGUCUUUAGAGGUAGAGUUAAAAAUUUCCUCAUAGAUUUUAGAUUAUGCAACUAAUAAAAACUCUCUUGCUUUAAUUAUAGUUUUCUACACAUGAUAUAACAGGACAUAACUACUGAUUUAGGCAGGUUUUGUAAGUCCAUGGUAUUCUCGGGAUUCCUGUAAAGGUUGAUUACCCUUUUUGGUCUCUAGUUAAGUGUAUGGCUUGUGUUUUUUGUCUUAGGUUACAUUUUUUUAAAUUGGAUGAUAGGAAAAGUAUGACUGUUAAAUUUGCUGUUGGUAUAUACUAUUUUUGUGUGUGUUUGAAACUGAACUGAGAGAACCAACUAAUUGAACUGUUAAGAUUUUGGCCAUCCAUUCCAGAUUUUACAUUAUUAUUGAACCUUGUCUUGAAUUUUUCUUUGCCUUUUUUUUUUUAAUUGUGAAGAUGGGUAUUCC